AAUCAAUAAUUAGUUACUGAUUACUUUUUUCAAGUAACUUGACCAACACUGCUCACCACAGGUGGAAUUUUUAAUAUUAAAGUGUCAUCUUUUCUAUUCACUGAGAGAGUUUUCCUCGAUACUUGUUAUAGCACUGUAUCUCCCACCAAAUGCUAAUGCUAACAUGGCACUAGCAGAGCUGUCUCCAGCUAUCAACGAGCUCCAGACUGCACACCAGUAAGCUUUUCUUUUUGUAGUCAGUGAUUUCAACCAUGCGAAUCUCAAGACAGUCCUCUCCAAAUUCCAUCAACACGUGAACUUUCUAACCAGAAAAAGAACUGCCUGGAUACAGUUUACACUAACGUGUGCGGAGCCUACAAGGCAGUUCUGUGCCUGCACAUCGGCUCAUCUGACCAUGCCACUGUGUUGCUGCUGCCCACCUACACAUCACUGCUGAAACGCACAAGACCUGCCAGGAAAACCAUCAGAGUCUGGCCGAGUGGGGCUGUCUCAGGGCUUCAGAACUGCUUCGAGUGCACAGACUGGAACAUGUACAGAGGCAGCCACCCAAAAUGGCUUCUUGGACCUGGAUGAGUUCACUGUGACUUGCUACAUCAGUAAGUGCACAGAGACGGUCUCCAAAAACAUCACCACGAGAGCCAAUGAGAAGCCCUGGUUCACUGCAGUGGUACGUGCAUGUCUGAGAGAGAGAGAUGCUGUUUUCCGGUCUGGAGAUAAAAUGGCUCUCAGAACAGCCAGAGCCUACCUCUCUCGCACCAUCCGACAAGCAAAGCGUGCACAUGCACAAAAGAUCCAGAGCCACUUCCACAAACACAAAAAAACUCUUGCAGGUUAUGGCAGGGCAUUCAGGCCGUCAGAUAGUACAAGCCUGCAUCAAACAGCUGUGAUGGAGAUACUCACCAAGGUCAACCCACGAAAAGCUGCUAGACCAGACAACAUCCCACACAGACAUUUUCAACUCAUCACUGAGCCAGAUGAUUGUCGUAGCAUGCUUCAGCACCACUGUCAUCCCAGUGACAAAGAAAUCCUCUGUAUCCUGCCUGAAUGAGUACCGUCCCAUCGCCCCAACACCCACCAUCAUGAAGUGCUUCGAGAGACUUGUCAUGGCACAUGUGAAGGGCAACCUCCUCUGUUCACUGGAUCUGCUGCAGUUUGCAUACCGGCCGAACAGGUCGACCGAGGAUGCUACUUCCACUGCACUUCACAGAAUACUGUUCAUAGACUUUAGCUCAGCAUUCAACACGACUGUUCCACAAAAACUGUUAGACAAAUUUAGCAAGUUGGGACUGAGCACCUCUCUCUGCCACUGGAUACUAGAUUUCCUGUCAGAGAGGCCUCAGUCCGUCCGAAUCUGUGACAAUCUCGCUCCACCCACACGCCAGUCAGCAUCCACGGUUCCACGGCAGAGACUGUUAACCGCAUGUCAACCGCAAGUUCCUGGGAGUUGACAUCUCAGACCACCUCACCUGGACCACCACCUCCAUCACCAAAAAGGCCCAGCAGCGCCUCCACUUCCUAAGACGCCUGAAGCGGGUCAACCUUCCUCCUUCCAUUCUCACCAUGUUCUACAGGGGCACCAUAGAGAGCGUUCUGACCAGCUGCAUCUCCGUGUGGUUUGGAAACUGCCAAGUCGCGACCUCAGCCAGCUACAAAGGAUUGUUAAAGCAGCUGCCAAGAUCAGAACAUCUCUCCCACUGCUACAGGACAUCUUCCACAAGCGCUGCACCAGUAAGGCCUCCUGCAUUGUGCUUGACCCCUCACACCCCUCACAUGGACUCUUUUCUCUCCUUCCAUCCGGACGCUAUCGCAGUAUUGGGCCACAUCCUCCAGACUGCGGGAAAGCUUUUUCCCACAAGCCAUCAGACUCUUGAACUCACUACCGGCUCUCCCACUUCCCCCCCACCGCACACACCCACACAAACCAUUAACUGAUUCUAUUGCACUUUACACACCACUACCUCUGACAUGCUGUUCUAUGGACAAUUUUUACUCCCAAGAAAAUCUGCUCAAGUUUACAAGCUGCUACACUGUUCACUUUAAACCACUCUAAACUGUGAAUUGUAAAAUGCAAAUUUUAUAACAUUAUCUCUUUUAUUGAGAAAGCAAUUGAACACGACAGUAGUAUGGCUUUUUACACUAUCUUUGCUUUCACAUUUUUUAACUUAUAGUUGAAAAGAAAAAAGAGGGGAAAAAAAGGAAAAAAAAGACUUGGGUUAGGAGGUAGCAGGGUGGGUAAGUUCACAUAAUACUCAGAGCUUUAAGGUAAAAAAAAAAGCAUGGUUCAUAAAAAAAAUCACACCUCACAGGCUUAACAUAUUCUGUCCAUUUAGACCAUAUUCUGUAAAAGGUAUCCCUCUGAACUUUAAGAGAAAAUGACAAUUUUUCCAUCGUACACAGCAAAUCUAUGGAGUUAAAAAUUCUGGAGUUAGGCAUAAAAGUGCACAAGAGUUACAUUCCGGGAGUUUAUUUUUCACCUUAUACUACAGUCAGUGUUGGGGAGUACUCUAAAGCGGUGUAAUAUUUAGGUGUUCAUUCACUGGGUGCUAAGGAGUCUAAUUCAACACAUUGCUGGUGUUGUUUGUCUGUCGACCGUUACCGCGCCUAUCUGUGCUUGUCUCUUGGACUCCGACAUGUAGGAGGUAAAAAUACUUUAUUUAUUUUGGAAUUUUCUGUGAGUGUAGUAAUGUUAUUUAUAUAUAUAUAUUCAGUUACAUGGAUGCAUAAGUAAAAUAUAAAGUUAACUAACUAGCACUACAUGCGUUUUCUGCAUGUUACGCUGAUUCGUUGAUAGCAGCUAGGCUAACAUUAGUCAAAAGUUAGCUAACUAACUUAUCUUACUGUAUUUGAAGAUACACAUUUCACGUUGUCAAUGAAAACGUUCAUUUGUAUUUCUUUUUUUUAACACUAAUGUUUCAUCUAACGUUAGCUAACUACAGUAAUAUUAUGUUUAGACUCAUGGUAAUGGCCGUAUUUAGAGAGGUGCAGCCUGCAUUGAUGAGAUAUCAAGGUACCAUUAACAUAAGUUAGUUAGUCCUGCUUCGCAGAUAUGCACACAACCCUGUCGCCAGACCUGAAAAGACAAGGACGAGGCAAACAUGCAGUCACAUUGUCUGCUAAACCUAGCUUAGCUAAAUAGAUUUUAAGCUAGUGUGGACAGGCUAGCUCAAUGUUAGAAAGUGUUUAUGGAUUACGUUAUACACAGUUCACAUAAAGUUAUCAUAAACAGCCUCUUCUUCUUCCACAUGUUAUGUUUCAUAUUAGUAAAGGUUUUUUCCGUAGGUGGCCAAGAUGUUGAUAAAAGUAAAACACAGAGAGACAAAGAAAUAUGUCAAAUUGGAAGAAGUCAGCUUCACAGAUUUUAUGAGUGCAGUGCAGCAGAAGUUUCUCAUACCAGAAAAUGCAGCACUGAAAGUCACAGAUGAGCAGGGUAUAGAGGUGGAUGAGGAUGUCUUUCCUGAACUUGCAGGAGUCAAAGAGGUGUGUUUUGUCAUCUAUACAGCUGAAGACAUCCUGGAAACACAAUCAUCCAAGAAGCUGCGUGACUGCUCAGACCUAACACACUAUGUGACACUCACACCUUGUGAUUUGACUGUCCUGAAGCAACAUGUGGAAGAGCCCUCCUCUCCAAGUCUAACAGAUACAUUGUCUGUCUCAACCACCAGCAGUCAGAGCAGUGACACAAGCGAUGCCGGACUUCAAAUGGUUCAGCCUCUAUUGGACAGCAUACAUGCAAGAAAUACAGUGGAGCAGAUUCUGACUUCCAAACCAGCAGGGGUGACUGUCAUCCAUGAGUAUGAAAAAACUGGGAGUUUGAAAGAUUCCACCAGGCGAUUAAUGGUGAACAUCAUUGUAGCUCACAUGCGUGAAAAGGAAGGGAGAACUGUAAGUAAAGCAACGAAGGAGUUUCAUGCACUUGGAAUCGUGUCACUCUUCCCAUCUUUGAAGGAUCCGUACUCCAAAAAGGGAUAUGAGCAUUUCUAUGACAUUCAGAGCAACAAAGGUUUUCUUGAAUGGCGUAUCAAGACUGUGCAACGUCAAUCCAAACCCCCCACUGCAUCACAGAACAGAGUGGAACUGAAAGGAGGGCCCACAUCACGAAGGAAGUUUGGUUUCACUAAUGACCAGCAAACAAGAGAUCAAUGUAUGGAAGCCAUGUCUCUUCUUCAUCACACCACUGACCAAGAUAUAGUCUUCCAGAAGAUGAGAGAGACAUUCUACUAUCGUCAGCAGAUACUCCAUGACCCACAAGAAUCAGCAAACAUUCUUCAGAUGUUUCCUCGGUUUUUGGACACUAAAGGACUGAUUUUGCAGGACUUUGCAAUGAUGUUUGGAGUAGAGACUGCUUCCAGGUUCCUGGAAAAAUGGAACACCAGUUUUAAAGACAAGGUUGCCAGGGAAGCCAGAGACCUUAAAGAGACUUGUCUUCUGAAAAGAUUGCUGAAAUCUGCUUUGAACGAAGAAAUGGAUGAUGCUGAUGAGCCAGCAUUAGUAUUUAACUCCUUAACACUGUCUGCAGAGUGGGACAGCGACAUGGCUUCUCUUCUUGUUCUGCUGCACCUUCUCACGCCACAACCAGCUGGAAGGAAACGGCCAAAGAAGAUGAGUGUUGGAGAGGCAAUAGAUCAUCUGGUUAAAUUUCACAAGUCUUGCCAGAGCCUUGAGGAUCACCUCAUGAACAAUGAAGGAAACCCUCAGCCAUAUCUCCUGGCCACAGGGACUUCAAAAGCACAGGUUUUCAGCUUCUACAUAGUCUUGGAUCGAAAGCUUCUUCCAUGUCAGUCAGGCACAUCACUGGGUGCAUUUGAUGAGCUGUUCAAGUGCCACUUUGUUUUCAGUGUGAAAUAUGAAGACGCUCUGUCCAGCCUGUACACAUUUUUGCAGACCACUGUGUACAAUAUUGAUGUAGGUACAACAGUGGAAAGUCCAAGAGUCAAAGAGUUGCGAGCAAAGCUGUUGAAUAAGUAGUAACCAGGUUAUGCAUUCAAAAUGCUGACCUGCUUUCUCUGUGCUUUAUCCUUUGGUACAGCUUUACUUUUGUUCAGACAUUUAAAACUAGUUCAUGGAAUGUAUCCUGGCAAAAAUUUGAAACUAAAAUGUGGUCAGAUAGGAUGUUGUUUACAAUUCUCAAGUUAUUCUGGAUUUAGAAGACAUCUGAAUAAGAUACAUGCUACUGUUAGCACAUGUGUUCCUCAUGAGACCCCUUCUGACCAUGAUACCCAACAGUUUAGUAGUUCUCAGUGCUUAAAUGAUGAAACACCAUCCACAUCAUCUCAGUGCCAAAAUUCUGAAGCAGGCCCUUCAUUCUCAAAUCAGAGCAAGGACAUGUGUGCCUCCAUUAUUGCCAGACUUUUAGGAAGUGGUGUACCAAAUACUGUAGUUCUUUCUACAGUUCAGAACUUAGAGGAAUUUGUGGGAGAUUGGCAAUCUAAUAUUCAGGAACAAUUAUUGACCCUAUUACCGAAUGACAGUCCCUCCAGAUCAGCCAUUGCAGAUUUAUUUAAAAAUUUGGACAAUCCGUUUAGUCACUUGAAUUCUGAAAGCA